CUAUUUUCAAAAAAAGUGGAGUGUUCCUUUAAUAGUACUGACUAAGGUAAGCAUCACUGUAACUAUUAUACUUAUUAUAUAUAUAUCUCAUACUUAGCUUUGAACAAACAAAGGACAUCUAAUGGACCAAAGCAUGAUUAAGACUUGAUAAUGGUCUCGUUUGACUUGGGCCAGUGAGCAACAAUUCAGAACUUCAUAACAACAUACUUAAACACUUAAAUCACCUACGUCUGGCUAACAAUGUGCUAACAUGUUCAAAACACUUUUUAGGAAUGUGGUUAAAAAUAGUUGCAUUAGCAUUAAAACAUUAGUAUUAUGGUGGCAACUUUUGCAUGGACAAGCACCACUCACACUUUCCAUACAAAUUGUAAAAAUCUAGUUAAUAUUUAGCUUUAGAGGUGAAAUAUAAUGUUUAGAGUUAUAAAGUCUUGAAAUUCUGUGGUGGGGUUGUGAAUUCUACCUCUCCUGAAACUUUGGUCUGUAUAUGCUGGGUAUCAAACAGAAAAUUCAGUCAGAAUUUCACAAACUUAUGUGGAGAAACUGUGGGACUAAAUGGGUUAAUUGGAGUUAAGUAUACCAAGAUGCUUUAACAAACUUAAACGCCCUGAGAACUGUUUACUAUGUCGCCUUGAAACCUUGUCAAAGUGUUGACUUAAGCGCAGCUGACUGUCCUGAUAACACACUCAUCCAUGAGGACUUAAGGACUGAGGACGCACUUUUGCAGCUCUUUUAUUGUUCGAGAUCAGGUGAGAGUUGAAUACAGUAUUAUGUUCUGUUGACCAUAUUCAUCUGUGAACACUAUUUGUCAAAUUCAUUCAUUAGGCCUGCAUUCAUUAGCAGUAGCAGUAGGUACAAAGUGUAGCUAAUGUAAGCUAUAUCAUCAAAUGUGUUUUUUUUUGGUUUGUUUCAGGGUAAAAUUGAAGAUGGAAGAAAAACUUCCAAAUGAAAAAGUUAAAUAUUUGCUUGCCCCAUGGAGGUUUUCCUUCAGGGCACCUGGAUUUGAAAAUAGACUGGUGGCAGCUCUACAACUGUUUGAGCGUUUCCCUUUAGAUAUAGCUGUGACCGGAGGAACCCAGGAGGCUAACGCUCAUUUGGCUUCUGCAAUCUGUGGGCCGGAUAAGGAAAUUGAAGAGGAGGAAUGGGAAACUGAUGAUGAAGAUGAUGAGGAAGAAGAAACAGAUGAGGAAGAAGCAGAAGACUGGGAAGAAGGUGAAAGUGUAGAUGAGGAGCAUAGCAUUAAGUCUAAGUUAAAUACUAAUCACCAGAGCAGCAGGAAGAAAUCUGUUCGGAUAUUGGAUCAUACAGAAUAUAUAGGGAGUGGCAAUCCUGAUUUCGACUCUGUGAUUUUACACCGUCAAAUCCCAAAUGUUCGUGUAUGGAUCGUGCAGGGCCACCCGUCUUCAAAUUCCAUUAUUAAGCAGACCAACCAGCAGUAUGACUCCACAUGCUACGAUGUUCUGGUGGUUCUCACUACAGAACAGCACAAGGAGGACCACAUGUGGCUCAAAAUGGAACUGCAUGACAGAGAUCAGUCUUUUUUUCUGGUUCAAGCUGAGCGGGACUGGGAUGUGGUAGAGGAGAAGCCUACAGGGCCAUGCAUGACCUGUGCCUGGGAACGAAUGAGAGCUCGCAAACUGGAGUUGCAGAAGAGAAGUAAAGAAGCAUUUGGAGAGAUGGCUGAUUCAACAGAUAGUCCUUCUGACACCUCCCAAGAUCCAGAGUUAGUGAAGAUGAAGGAUAUUGCCAAGGUGUUUGCUGAAGCCCUGCCUGAGCUUCAGAAGAAAGCUUUUAGUCAGUUCCUGGUGGCGAUUACAAAGGAACUUCGGGUUCCUAAAUUACUGACUGAUGACACACAUUUUGUGGUUUCUACUGCUUUGAAGUCCAGGAAGAUAAACCAGGAUGAUCUUGACCAGAUCUCCAAGCUCUCACAGCCGAGAGAUGUCACGGACAAUCCCUCCAAGCUUCAGGCAAUCCUUACAGCUCUCGAUCACUUCCGUCUGGAUAUCGGUGUGCUGGGUGAGACGGGCUGUGGCAGCUCCAGCCUUGUCAAUGCCCUCUUGGGCCUGGAGAAUGAUGAUGAACGAGCUGCCUCAACUGGUGUCAUUGAAAUCACCAAAGAGGCUAUGAAGUAUCCCUACCCUGAGUUCCCCAACGUCCGUCUUUGGGACCUUCCUGGGCUUGGAAAAAUAAGUGAUCUUAACAGCCUUUCCUCUGCGUCCAGCUCUUCUGAAGCUCAACGCGUAGCAUCUGUGCUUGCUUUGUGUGAUGUAUACAUACUGGUAUCUCCUUUAAGGCUUAGAUUGGGAGCCAUACAGUUGUUGCAACAAGCGUCCUCCUUGGGGAAAGAGUGUUACCUGGUGGUUUCCAUGGCGGACUUGAUUGACGAAAAGUCUGUCGCAGAGGUGAGGCAAUGGGCUGAGGGAGUCUUGGGUAAACUGGGUCUCCAGAAGAGCUUGUUUCUGGUGUCUGCUCACCAUCCAGAAACCUUGGACUUACCCAAGCUAAAAGAGACAUUGAAUUUAGCCUUUCCAAGUCAUAAGAAAGUCGCUCUUGCCAGAUAUGUAUCAAAGCAACUGGACGGAGAUGUUUUCUGGAAAAGAUCGGACUCUUGCAAAUUCAUGUAAAUA